AUGCCGAAUGGAAUCAUUCCGCUCAGCACUCAACAAAGUUCAGCGCUCGUGAUGAUCAGCCGCUGCCGUGGACGGCUCAUUCGUUCUGUAGCUUUCUUGCUCAUCCUCAUCGCGAGUGGUUCCAACGCAGAGAUCCUGACCCGAUGCGAAUUCGUUUCGCAGGCGAGAGGUCACUUCCCCGACGCGGAUCUCGACAAAUGGACUUGUAUAGCUCACUUUGAGAGCCAUUUCAACACGAGCGCCAUCAGCAGCGGGAACAAGGACAAGUCCAAGGACCACGGAAUUCUUCAGAUCAACGAUCGCUUCUGGUGCUCUCCCGGCAUACACAAUAUUUGCGGAGUGUCUUGCAAGGCUCUGCGAUCAGAGAAUCUGACCGACACAUUUGAAUGUGCCAGGACCAUCCUCUCUCGUCAGGGAUUCCAGGCUUGGUCCGUUUAUAUGAAGUACUGCAUGAAUGCUACCGGCUUCAUCCAAGGCUGUGGAUCGGGAGAAAUGCAACCUGACGGAGAAUCCGGAAUUGAGGGGGUGACCACAUCGGCGAAUCUUCCCUCUAUCGCAGCAUCGUACCGGAGUAGCACCUCGAGGGAGCCAAAUCAAUAUAUUGUAGAGCCCUGCAAAAUCACGCAGCGCUGUGAGCUAGAAUAA